AUGUCUACCACUAACACUGAUCGCACACUCGACCUAAGGGUAUUCCUCAGGUCACUUAAAAGCUCGACUCUUGAAUCAUCUAUUGAAAACUUGAUCUCACUUCUAAAGCGACGCCAAAUAUAUAAUUCUAGACCAUGCGCUAUAGCAACAUCUCAUCUACUACUUCGAGCCGUCGCAAAAUUCCGAUGGUCAGACAUUGGGAAGCUCUUGAUACGAAUAAGAGAAAUUGGCCAAAGACUCGUCGAUGCUCAGCCACGGGAAAUUGCCGUCGGGAACAUUGUUCGUCGCGUUCUAGAUAUGAUAAGGGACGAAGAAAAACAAGAUCCAUUGGAAUGCGGCUCAGAUUCAACAUCGAACAGCUUGACAAGUUCGCCUAAGUGGAAGCCUAACAAAUUUGCAUCUUCAUAUUCGGAGAUUGCGCACUCAAAUGUGUCUAAUUUACGUCAUGGUCCUAUUGAUGAUGCAGAGUUUAGUGAAACGAAUAGCGAUGAUGUCCAGAGUACCCGAUUUAGGGAAUCGGCCAAAUUAUCCAGAUCACUUUUAACAACAUUGCAUACACCUUAUGCGCUCUCGAAUGGUGUUACUGUGCAGCAAUCAAUGUUCAACUUACUUUCUGCUCAGCCCUCUCCAAACGCAACACCUCCCGGAACAAAUAUCCCACAUAAAUCCAGCGUAAACGCUUCAUCUUUGGCAAAAAGAAUUGCAUCAACUACCAGAGACCUCAAGGCAGAGAUUAUCAGUGGUAUCGAGGAGAUUAUUGACGAGCUUGAUCAGGUUAGUGACCAGGUGGCGGCCUACGCACAGGAGCACAUACACUCAAAUGAAGUGAUUCUCACGCAUUCUUCUUCGUUAAGCGUACAAAAAUUUCUACUCAAGGCAGCUGAAAAGCGGAAAUUCACCGUAAUAGUAACGGAAUCUUAUCCCAAUGAACACAACGCCACUCACUCAGUUGUUAUGGGCAGAUCCCAUGAUAAUAUCGAUGAUGACGAAGAAAUGGUCACCGCAGACUUUCGAACCCCUCUUUCUGCGGCUGGUAUUACUGUUAUCCUAAUUACAGAUGCAUCUAUAUUCGCCAUAAUGUCUCGUGUCAACAAGGUCAUUUUGGCAACCCAUGCGGUUAUUGCAAAUGGAGGUUUGAUUGCAGCUGCCGGUGCAAGAAUGAUUGCAAGGGCAGCAAAAGUUCAUAGAACACCGGUGAUAGUGGUAAGCGGUGUUUACAAACUUAGCCCUGAAUAUCCAUACGAGUUUGAGUCUCUCAUUGAAUAUGGUGAUCCUGGUAGCAUUGUACCAUACGCAGACGGAAUCUCGGUCGAGGAGUUGGAAGUAGAUAAUCCUCUUUACGACUACGUGCCACCAGACCUUGUGGAUCUCUAUAUCACAAAUCUGGGGGCUCAUGCGCCGUCUUACCUCUACAGGAUUGUAGCUGACCACUACAAGCCAGACGAUUUCAAUCUCGGCAAGAACUAG